AUGUUGCAACCCCGGGCAUGGGGUCUGCUGCUUCUGGUCCUCACGGCCGCUGGCCUCGGCAGUGCUUUGGAUAUAACUGCUCUUGGAGCCCAACUUCCUCCUGGGAGUGUGAAUUUUCUCAAUGAAUUCAAUCUCGAUCAAUUGGUUGGCUCCAGCGUACAGAAGCAUCACAGUGCUUGUGACAGAGCUGGCGCAGCUUUCUCGUUUGUCAAAGAGGAGAAGCUCUCAAGACCCGCCAGCUCCUUCUUCCCAGAUGGCGUUCCCGAGGCAUUCUCGAUCAUGGGUUUGGUGAAGUUGGACGUCUCGGGGAGGCCGCAGACUCUGCUGGACGUUCGAGACGCCUCUGGCCGGGAGGUGCUAAGUCUCGUGUUGGACGGUCAGCUCGUCUUUAAGUUGGCCGAGACACCUGACGUGGUUAACCUUGUUCGCCUUAAUCAGAGCAUCGUCGGUGACGGCUGGUCUACAAUCGGCCUGAGCGUGAAAGGCGACACUCUGGUGCUGAUGGUGAACGGUAUUGAAAAGCAAUACGCUACCCUCCAUCGAAGCACCUCUGAUUCUGGGGCGAUCGGCAAAGGGAAGGUGUAUCUUCUGCAUGGCCAGAAGGGCGACGACUCUUACGAUGUCAAAGUUGGUGACCUUCAGUUCUCUCCGGACCCUGAACAGGCCUACACUUACCAUCAUCGUUUGCUCCAAAUCUGUCCCAAUUUUGAGCAAAUGAGCAGCCGAGAUGUCAUGAUGAGCCAAGAGGGCUCAAUUGAAGAGAUCGAUGGCCAAAUCUACAUCCAAGGCCCAAGAGGACCCAAGGGUGCCCAAGGGCCUAAAGGACCUCAAGGACCCCCGGGUCGAGAUGGCCGCCCCGGCAUGCCUGGAGCUCAGGGACCCCCGGGGCCGCCGGGUCACGUCCUUUUGAUGCCGGUUCCCUCGCACGGAAAGAAUGAGAAUGUCCGGAUGGCUCAAUUCCGCUCUGCCAUUCAGCAGACAGUGAUGAUGUUGAAGGGUCUGCGUGGGAUUACAGGCAUGCCAGGCCUACCAGGCAUUCAGGGACCUCCAGGUCCAGCAGGUCCCAAGGGAGAUCAGGGACCUCAAGGCGACUCCGGGUUCGCUGGUCCUGUGGGUCCACGUGGACACCCUGGUCCUAAAGGACCUGUUGGCCGCGCCGGUCGUGACGGUGAGGCUGGCGUGACGGGUUUGCAGGGUCCCAAGGGCGACCCAGGUGCCCCGGGCCUUCCUGGUCUCCCCGGUCCAAGGGGUCACAAAGGGGACGACGGACCAUCCGGCGACAAAGGAGCCCAGGGUGAACGCGGCCCACGCGGUCCCAUGGGUCGCACCGGUGAGACUGGACCCACUGGCGAGCAGGGACCUCCUGGCUAUCCAGGUCCAGCAGGUCCGCCCGGUCAGCCCGGUAUCCGAGGUCUCCCAGGCCCCGUGGGACCUCCUGGUCCCAAAGGAGAUAUCGGCGAUACCGGAUUGGCUGGCCCAACCGGUUCCGCUGGUCCUCCUGGUCCACCCGGCGUUGUCGGACCUCAGGGCGAGAGAGGCAUUCCUGGUUUCCCCGGAAGGCGCGGCGACCCUGGCGUCUCAGGGGCUCCUGGAGCCACAGGCCCAACUGGAAACCCCGGUGCUCAGGGUGACGUCGGGCCGAAAGGUGACGACGGUCCUGAAGGAGCCCCUGGCGAUAUUGGUCCGAUGGGACCCACAGGCUUCAAGGGCGAUAGGGGCCCCCGCGGUCCCGUGGGCCCUAAGGGUGCCACAGGUUCCCCUGGUAUGACCGGUAUCGUCGGCGAGCGUGGAGACAGGGGCGACACAGGCGAGCGUGGCUUCCCCGGACCCACCGGACCCGAAGGAUUAAUUGGUGAAAAAGGAGAAAGGGGACAGGUGGGACAGGCCGGACCUCAUGGUCCUGACGGUGAGAAGGGCUCCCAAGGUGUUAUAGGACCCCCAGGAUAUGCUGGAGCACCCGGUCCUAAAGGCGCUGUUGGUCCGGUUGGACCACUUGGACGCGAUGGCGAAAAAGGUGACUCUGGCCCCAUCGGACCAAUGGGAAUGCGAGGUCCUGUGGGACCAGUAGGACCUGUAGGCCCACGAGGAGCGCCUGGUCCGUCAGGACCACCUGGAGAACGCGGUGACGAAGGCCCAGCAGGUCCGAUUGGACCUGCAGGACCCACUGGACCAUCGGGACCACGCGGUCCUCUUGGCUUCACUGGACCAAUGGGACCUACGGGUCUACCAGGUGUUCACGGUCCCCCGGGUGACAUCGGUGAACGAGGUGAGACUGGUGAACGAGGACCUCCCGGUGAAGUCGGGCCCAUCGGCCUACCCGGUCCUACCGGUCCCACGGGCGAUCAGGGUCCAGCUGGAGAACCUGGACCUCGCGGUCCCCGUGGACCCGUGGGGCCUGCGGGCAAACCCGGAAAGGAGGGAAGUGAGGGAGAACCGGGUGACAAAGGUGACCAGGGUCCUCCUGGCCCCCCCGGACCUAUCGGACCAAGUGGAUUCCGUGGAGCCCGCGGAACGCCUGGUUUACGCGGCAAAGUGGGUCCGAAAGGGGACGCAGGCAAGCCUGGUCUUCCUGGACGAACGGGCGAUAGAGGAGACCGCGGUGAUCCCGGUCCUAGGGGUUCCCCAGGUCCAGCUGGACCACAGGGUGCUCGUGGACCAGAUGGACUUCAGGGAGAAGCUGGAGACAAGGGUGACCAGGGCGUCACGGGCCCAAUAGGUCUGACAGGACCGAAGGGUGUUCGUGGACCCCGUGGAAAACCCGGACCCCUGGGACCCCCCGGUGUUGAUGGACAAAAGGGCGACGAAGGUCCGAGGGGCGAAGUCGGCGCAAAGGGAGAUCGUGGUCCAGCUGGUUGCCUCUCUCCGUUACAGGGUGAACAGGGUCCUCAAGGAGCCCAAGGCAUGAUGGGCCCCCCAGGCGUUGCCGGGUCUCCAGGCGAACCCGGAGAACCAGGGGAGGUUGGUCUCCAGGGUCCAAAGGGUGCCCCUGGCAAAAGGGGUCCCGUGGGUCCCCCUGGCCCCAGAGGUCCUCCUGGUCCCUCAGGUCCUGUAGGGCCACGUGGCGAGCAGGGCGAGAAGGGGUCCCUGGGGGCUCCAGGCAUUCGUGGUCCUCCCGGUCCAGCUGGUCCAGCAGGUGCUGCUGGUGUGAGGGGUCCCACCGGCCCCACGGGGCCUAUGGGCCAUCCUGGGACUAAGGGUGAGACCGGUAUCAUCGGUCUCCGUGGUGAGAAGGGCAAGAAGGGUUCGGAGGGGGCUGUUGGCAUCCCCGGUGUCAAAGGCACUCGCGGCAAGAGAGGCCCUCAAGGUCCCACUGGUCCUGUUGGAAUGACCGGCCCGCCUGGUCCUCCUGGCGAAUUGGGUCCCAUGGGUCCUAAAGGUUCGAUCGGGCCCAUUGGCGCAAGCGGUGAGCGUGGCGUUCCCGGUCCUGCGGGCAAAGAUGGUCCCCCUGGAGCCCAAGGCCCUGACGGACCAAUGGGGGAGGAAGGCCCCCCAGGUCCCACUGGACUGGUUGGAGAACCUGGCGUUCAGGGUCCAGUCGGUGCGGAAGGUGAAGUAGGACCUGCUGGAGACACUGGAAGCCGUGGGAAGCCAGGAAGUCGGGGUCCUCGCGGACCUAGGGGUCCCCCUGGCCUGACGGGACCUGUGGGUCAAAAUGGAGAUCGUGGACCCGCAGGUGAACAGGGUGCACAAGGGCCUACAGGCAGUCCGGGUAAAAAAGGCAAACGAGGUCCAAAGGGUCCAACGGGAUCGAUUGGCACCAAAGGUGACACGGGUGAACGCGGGAUCCGCGGGCACCCUGGUCUGGUCGGUCCAGAGGGUCCGAAAGGCGAGCCGGGGAGUCCUGGAGAUCGCGGUCCCGACGGGAAGCAAGGCGAACAGGGACCGAUGGGAGACGAGGGUCGAAAAGGCGAGAGAGGACCUCCCGGAGAUGAUGGAGAACAGGGUCCAAUGGGUCCCACGGGACCGCCAGGUCCUUCUGGCCCGCAAGUCUUGCUGACUGCUCCGUUUAAUUGCACUCCUCUUCUGCACCCCUCCUUUUUUCGUGCCUUCCUUAAUGGCAUUAAAGGUCCACGUGGAGAGAAAGGUCCUGUUGGCGAUCCUGGACCCCAAGGUCCACCAGGUCCCGCUGGUCAAGUAAAGAUCCUCAACGCUCCCAACUCCGUUGAAGACUCUUUCGGACGUCGACGGCGUCAGGCCCCCGAUCCAACUCAGGUGAUUACUCUUGAGGAGUUGAACAGAGCUCUGUUUGAAAGAAUUGACAAACUCUGGAAAGAGGCACAACGCCUGCUGAAGCCUUCAGGUAACAGCCAGGAAUACCCCGCUCCCAGCUGCAAGGACAUUAAGUUGACCAACAAGUUCGCCCGUAAUGACACCUACUGGAUCGAUCCAAACGGAGGCUCAACUUUGGACUCUGUCAAAGCGGAGUGCAUCUUCCACGAUGACGGAUCUGUUGAAACAUGUCUCUCAACGGGAGUUGCAUCCGAAAAUCUCGCAACCUACAAGAGGCCAGGAUCGAGUGAUUCCGACUUCUGGCAGAGCCGUCUUCUCGUCGAAAAUGCCGUUAGCCCGCCUGACCUCCACGACCAGAGCCCACAUACCCAGAUGAACCUGCUGCGCAGCCAACACCGUUUUGCUACUCAGGAGCUGGAGUUCUUCUGCGAGGGAACCACAAUCUUCGGUGGUGAUAUGGAUUGGGAAACUGGUGAAGUCGACAUGUCCAAGGCCACCUCCUUGUUGACUCACAAUGGCCGUGUUAUUGAUCUCACUAAGGGCACUCGCCACGGCCCCAGCCAUAGCCACAUGGAGAAGAUUGAUUUUGUAAAUUCGCUCCGUCGAAACGACGUCACAGUCACCGUUGACUAUGAUGGGUGUAGGCACCGCCAACCCGGAACAUCCACGAAGAUGCGGAUUGAAACUCGCGAUCCUCAGCUGCUUCCAAUUAUUGAUUUUACCGUGCGUGACUUCGAUAGUAAUGGAAGAAGCACUCUUAGUCUCGAGGUGAAGGCCGUUUGCUUCAAAAACUAA